AGAAGAUGGUCAUUUGGAUCACUGCUUUCAUGCCAGCUACCAUCAACUAAUAGAAACAGCUUUUGACUAUCUAAUCUAAAUCUACGGUGUAUGUGUUCUAUCCAAGGAGAAUUUCAGCAGGCGAGAAAGAAUGUUUCUCACAUCCAAAGAUGCCAACUCCAUUCUGAAGCGGUUUCCGAGAGCAAAUCGUUUUCUAGAAGAGAUCCGGCAAGGCAGCAUUGAGCGAGAAUGUAUGGAGGAGAUCUGUGUGUAUGAAGAGGUAAAGGAGGUAUUUGAGGACAAUGAUAAAACAAUGGCGUUCUGGAAGGAAUAUACCAGCAGUUUGUACACAACGCCCAGCAACAACUCUGGCCUGCGUGUGGAACGCACUGAUGCAAUCUAUGUUGUCGUUCCUCUCCUGGGUGUAGCAUUAUUAAUUGUUAUUGCACUUUUUGUGAUAUGGAGGUGUCAGCUGCAAAAGGCAACUCGACGCCGUCCAACGUACUCUCAGAGCAGGUACCUGACAAGCCGCACGACACGGAGCCUGCCUCGAGUCCUUGUGCAUCGGGAAACGUCACACGCUCAGACAGACACAUCUCAUCAUGAGCAGAGCAGCAGACCUCCUUUAGACCGCAGUGAGCCCAGUGGCCCACCAUCAAACAGAACUCUUUAUGCACAGGAACAAUCUGCAUCAGUCUCUUCUAGACUGUCCAAUGCCACUCCCCCACCUUCCUAUGAAGAGGUCACUGGACAUGUGGAAAGCAGUGGGGAGGAGACAAGCACACCAUACAGUGACCCACCUCCAAAAUAUGAAGAGAUUGUAAGAGUGCAUCCUGCUGUAUCAUCCCAGAACACCACUAAUAAGUAAUUUGCUGGGCAUUUGAGAGAACUGAAUCAGUGAUGAUAGCAUGUUGAUGUGAGUGACCUCCUGCUUUCAGACAACAGUCUCUACCUGCAGUUACUUGAGUAAAAUUGACUUCCAGAAAACAUGCAAGUAUCCAGGUCAGGUGAUCCACUCAAGUAAAGCAAACUUUUAAUUAGCUGAGGAAGCCAAUGAAAAUCAGUGACUUUUUGAAACAAAAUUGGGUUGUGCUUUCUCAAUCUGGGAGGUUUGUCUGUGUAGAGACACGGGAAUCAAUUUACCCAGCAAUUCAUUUAUGCAGGAUAAAGGAGGUGUUUUGCCCUCUUAAGUGCAUGAAAAUACCCCAACUGUAGCCAAACUAAAUUGGAAAAAUAGGCUGAAUCAGCAGUGUGACACCAUGUUACGACUGUAGUGAUGGAAAUUGCCAAAUUGGUAAUUGUUACAUGAGAUCCUAUUUCUUUAAUAAUACAGCACCACUGCCGAUUGUGUCAUAUUUUCACAUUACUCACAAGGCUUGUACACAAGCAUGAAGAGUAAAUGCUAUUAGAGUCUUAAGAAAAUGCAGUGGCCUUGAUCAGUCCUUUGUUUGGGAUCUGCAAUGUAUUUUAGUUUAAGCACAGAAGAGAAGGUAUGCCUUAUAAGCAGACUUCUGCUUCCUCAGUUUAUACUUGAAAUAAACUUCAGGGAAUGGGACAAAAUUCAUGUUAUUGGUUAAGAAAUCUUCUGCAGGCACAUAGUGUAAAGUGACAACCCGCAAUGCCACACUUGGGGAAGUUUUGUCCAAUAUCCCUGUUCUUUGCUCUGAUCAGCUGGUUUGAAAUUCAGAAUAAUUUUUAAAAAUCCUGACGACUGCCUGAUAAUACACAGCUAAAUUUGUGCUCAUGUAGGCUGCAUAUUUACCAGUCUGACAGGGAUAAGUGCUUGCUGGGAUAAUUGAUGUUAUUUGGAAAAUUUCUAAUGAA